AUGGCGAAGCAGUACGACGUGCUGUUCCGGCUGCUGCUGAUCGGGGACUCCGGGGUGGGCAAGACCUGCUUGCUCUGUCGCUUCACCGACAACGAGUUCCACUCCUCGCACAUCUCCACCAUCGGUGUUGACUUCAAGAUGAAGACCAUAGAGGUAGAUGGCAUCAAAGUACGGAUACAGAUUUGGGACACAGCAGGGCAGGAGAGAUACCAGACCAUCACAAAGCAGUACUAUCGAAGGGCACAGGGAAUAUUUUUAGUCUAUGACAUCAGCAGUGAGCGCUCCUACCAGCACAUCAUGAAGUGGGUCAGUGAUGUGGAUGAGUAUGCACCAGAAGGGGUCCAGAAGAUUCUAAUAGGGAAUAAGGCUGAUGAAGAGCAGAAGCGGCAGGUGGGAAGAGAGCAAGGGCAGCAGCUGGCCAAGGAGUACGGCAUGGACUUCUAUGAAACAAGUGCCUGCACCAACCUCAACAUUAAAGAGUCUUUCACACGCCUGACGGAGCUGGUGCUGCAGGCCCACAGGAAGGAGCUGGAUGGUCUCCGGACGCGUGCCAGCCACGAGUUGGCAUUGGCAGAGCUGGAAGAGGAAGAGGGCAAACCUGAGGGCCCAGCAAACUCUUCAAAAACCUGCUGGUGCUGAGGGUCCUGUGUGGGGUGCCCCCACCAACUCCCUUCCCUCACGAGGUCUGGGAGAGCAGGGGAGCCUGGGCUCUGCCCACUGCUUUCCUCUCAUUUGGUGACCCUAGCUGCUACUCUCCCCGCCUGGCCCCGAGAGCAGCUCUGCUGUGGUGUCUGAGCAGCCUCUGUCCCCAGCCCCUGGACUCUGGAGCAGUGUCCUUCAGCCUGUUUCCCCAGCCACAGGUCUGUUGCCAGCCCACAGUGUUCUGUAAGCACCGAUUCGCUACCCCAGGCUCCCUGGACGGACAGUGGCUGAGGCUGGAGUCAAGGCCACCCGAAGGCUCCUCCCUUCUCUUCGAGCAUCUUGUCUCCUCUCUGCUUUCUCUCUUCCUCCCACUCCCUCUGGCCCCUUCCCUCUAGUGUGUUCUGUAUGGAGCCACCUCCUUCCCUCUUGCCUAGAUGUCCUGCUGUGGCUGCUACUGCAGCUGCUUCCUUCCUAACCCUGGUUGGAGGAAAUGGACCCAGGCUCAUGGAGAUGUCCAAUCCUCUGCUCCAGAGAAGACGUCCCGCCUUGCUUUGCGGUAGCCCAGAGGCUAAGGGUGCUUCUCCCACCUCCCCUCCCCACUGCCCCUUCUUCUGCCAGAGGCCUGCCUCCCCAUGGCCUGGAAAAGUGGGUCAUUGAGGUAGAAAGAAAACAUCCCUUUGGGGGUUGUCUUACCUCUGUGCUUUCCCCCAUCUGAGCUUUGGCCUUGCUUUGCUGCCUGCCUGCCUCCAGAGAACUGACCUCAGAGGCAGAUUCUUCAAAGAAGAAAAGAAAUGAGGGCGGCAGGGAUCAAAAGUCACCUCCAUUCUCUACCUCCCAUGCAGCGAGUAUACAACCUCUCCACAGGGGCUCCUGAAUUUGAAGUAUGGACCAAGGCACUGGGGCUGGUUAAGCCUCUAGAAGAAGGUGUGCUCAGAAGUGAAGGGCUAGUUCCUCCAUGUCCGGGUCAGAGCCAGUGCAUACAGGCCAGGAAUAGCUUUUUGUUUUGUUUUGAUUUUCAGUGUUGAGGGGAUGUGGCCGUAGCAGGGCCUCCUGGGUUCCUCUUUCCUAUCUUCUGGAAUAAGAGCAUAUCCCUGGACUCUUGGCAGAAGUGAGAAGUGACAUACGCAUGUCACUGUUACACUGAUCCCAGCCUUUAGCAGUCAAAGUUUCUCUGGGUCCCAAAGUUUGUCUAAGGGCAAAGACUUCGUGGGAAGAAGAAAAGGAGGCCGUGGGUAGGUAGACUUGAAGCUGUUCAGUUCCACCUUCAAGACAAAUGCUCUUCUUGUCUUCUUGUCCCUGAAUAGGUCUGAGGGCUUGCCAACUGUACUGUGGCUACUAAGGGAGCGAAUAGGAUGCCCUCUUCCACAAUUCUCUGUUCAGAAGUUUCUUUAACCCUCAGAGGCCCAAGAAUAGCUUGAAUGAAGUCACUUCAAGAAAGACCAAGUUAUCUGGAGACUAGUGGCUCAAGCCUAUAAUCCUAGUAUCUCAGGAGGCUGCAA